CAGAAAGGCCUUGUGUGAAAGAGCGUGCUUUCGUGCCAGCCAGAGUGAAGAUACAAGACCCUGUGACCAAAACUCAGGACAGCCAUCCUGGUGGGCAACAUGGGCAACGGUUAUCUUGCCUGACAUCUGCUUUAGGAAUAAAAAGUGACAACAUCACAACUGGAUGCUUCUGGAAAAGUGAAGCUGACUGAGAGGGUGAUGUUGUCAAUCCACUGGGAAAGAAGAUGAGAAGAAAGUAAGAGUUUGCUUUCGCUGCAACGAGGGGAAAAGGGGGAGCAAAGAGAAGAGACGACGCUUAAACUACACAAAGGAUAGUUGGUGAAGGAAAGCGUAGCUGGAUUCCAUGCACUGCAAAGAUGGGGACACUGUUCUCACCGGCGCUGCUGCUACUUUUAUGGCAGAGUGUUUGGAGCUUGGACAUCCCUCUGGAAAUCAGACAGCCUCCGACCAUCAUAAAGCAGUCCAUGAAGGAUCACAUUGUUGACCCCAAAGACACCAUGGUCAUAGAAUGUGAAGCCAAAGGAAACCCUCAUCCCAUUUUCUCAUGGAGGCGUAAUGGGAAGUACUUCAAUGUAGCACGCGACCCUCAAGCAUCAGUGCGCAGGCGCUCGGGGACGCUGGACAUCUACGCCUGGAACAAUCCAGAACAGUAUGAGGCAGAGUACCAGUGCAUUGCCUCCAAUGAAUAUGGGUCUGCAUACUCCAACAAGAUCAGACUACGACUCUACAGAGCUCCUGUGUGGCCACGAGAGAUCCUGGAGCCCGUGGUGGUCAGCGUGGGCCUGCCUUUGGUCCUCUCGUGUGACCCUCCACCUGGCCCGCCUAAACCUGAAACCUACUGGAUGUCCAGCUGCUCUUACGCGAGACCUUUCAACUGGCCAAUUCAGACGGCGUUCCCCACCAUGCAGCCUGUGCGGCCGGACCGCAGGGUGUCCAUGGGAGUAAAUGGAGACUUGUACUUCUCAAACGUCUUGUUCAAUGACUCUGAUUCUGAUUACUGCUGUAAUGCUCGCUUCCCAUACAAGAAUGUCAUCCAGCAGAAGAUGCCUGUGGUUGUAAAAGUACUUACCACUCGUACAGUGGCUGAGGCUGCCCCCACCUGGCUGUCUCCCACAGGUUCGUCCAGCUCCAUCCUGGUCCUGCAAGGGGAGGAGCUACUACUGGAGUGUAUCGCUGCAGGAGUGCCGACUCCUCGUAUUACGUGGACCAAAGAUGGUGAGGACCUGGUAGUGACACCAAGAAUGAAAGUGAAAAACUUUAACAAGAUGAUUCAGAUCCCAAAGGCAGACUUUGAUGAUAUUGGAGAAUACGUCUGCACUGCCACCAAUAAGAUUGGAUACAUUGAACACACGAUAAUGGUCAAGGUCAAAGCUGCUCCAUUCUGGUUGGAGAAGCCCACAGAUUUAGUUUUGGCUCCUGAGGAAAAUGGACACUUGGUAUGUCGUUCUGAUGGGAUUCCUCGUCCCACAAUCAGCUGGUUCAUUAACGGGGAACCAAUUGAAACUUCUACACCACAGCCUAAUAGACAGGUGUCAGGAGACACGCUGAUUCUGCGUGGUGUGACGGCUGCAAACAAUGCCGUCUAUCAGUGCAAUGCUUCCAAUCAGUAUGGCUACCUGUUGGCCAAUGCUUUCGUCAACGUGCUACAUGCAACGCCUCGUAUUAUUGGGCCAAGGAAUGAACUCAUCAAGGUUAUAGAGGGCAGUCAUACCUUCUUAGACUGCCGCUACUUUGGUUCACCAGUACCUGACUUGCGAUGGUCCAAAUAUGGACAAGGGAAUCUUGAAGGAAAUCGUUUCAACACCCACAGUAACGGGACUCUGGAGAUCAGACACAUACGGAUAGAGGACCAGGGAACGUACCUGUGCAUAGUCAGCAACCUGGCAGGAAGAGAUGAGAGUCAGAUCCGAGUAGAGGUCAAAGAGCCUACUUUAAUUGUAACCAGACCACAGAGUAUGAAAGUCAUCAGAGGAACUGAUGUGCGCUUCGAGUGUGGUGUAAAAGCAGAUCUCACGACUCCUGUCACCACCUCAUGGAUGAAAGACAAAAGGAUGGUAACAUAUGGCUGGAGGAUCUCUCUGGAUGAAUCAAAUUUGGUCAUCACAAAUGUGAACAGAGGCGAUGAGGGAAAUUACACCUGUAUCAUCAAGAGUGAACUGGACCAGAAGUCUGCCUCAGCACGCCUAAUGGUGAUGGACCGUCCAGAACCUCCCACUAACUUGGAGUUAUCAGAUCCAUAUGAACGUAGUGUAAGACUCAGUUGGAUUCCUGGAGCCAGCAACCACAACCCUGUUACAGAGUACUUAGUACAAUAUGACGAUGAUGAUUGGCUACCUGGGAAGUGGAGGAACCUCUCAACGUACCCGGGGAACCUUAACUCGGUCAUCCUGCAUCUUACCCCUUUCACCUACUACGAGUUCAGGGUCAUCGCUAUCAAUGAAAUCGGGAUGAGUCGCCCCAGUCGUCCAUCUAAGCGCUUUCAGAGCAGCGGUGCACCCCCAGAUGUUAUUCCAAAGAACCUAAAGGGUGUUGGCACAUGGAGGAACAAUAUGGAGAUCAGCUGGGAGCCUCUGACGUACAGAGAGUGGAAUGGACCCCACCUGAAGUAUCUGGUGUGGUGGAAAAGGAGAGAUUCUCGAGAGGAGUGGAAGAAUGCAACCACCAAAUGGCUGAAAUAUUACAUCUACGAUGCCGAUACCUUCACUCCUUAUGAUAUAAAAGUACAGGCUGUCAAUGACUUUGGGCUGGGUCCCGAGUCUCCUGUUGUGACUGGUUACUCAGGAGAAGACCGUCCUGUAACUGCACCCUUGAACCUGAGAGUGUCUGACAUCGAGAGCACCCAGGUGACCGUGCACUGGGACCCAGUGAAACGGAACUCUAUGAUGGGAGAACUGAAGGAAUACAAGGUGUACUACUGGAGGGACAGCAGCCAGCUGAGGUGGCUAAGGGUCAACAGAGCUAUGAAGUCCAAAUCAUUUCCAGAGAAUGGCCCAGAGCCUUCUGGCGUCCUCACAGGAAUCAUACCCUACAGCAACUACAAGAUGUAUAUAGUGGUAACGAACAAUCGAUACGAAGGUCCGCCCAGUAAUUACAUACACUUCUCAACACCUGAAGGAGUACCAUCUGCUCCAAAAUCCUUCCGGAUCCAGCAGCGGCAUUUAGACAGCAUUUAUGUUGACUGGGAGCUGCCAGCUGAACCCAAUGGUGUUGUGACUGGAUAUUCCCUCAAGUACCAGACCGUAAAUGCCACCAGGGGAGAAGAGCUGCGGGUGGAGGACUUUCCUCCAAAUGUUACAAGUUUCUCAAUGCGGCGAUACGACCGCUACACUCGAUACAGAUUCUCUGUGGCUGCUCGGACUCGGCUCGGGAUAGGAGAGUGGCAUACUGAGGAGUCACCUCACUAUACCACUGAAACGUAUGCUACGGACCAGGUGGACAUCACCACUCAGGGCUGGUUCAUCGGGAUUAUGUGUGCUGUGGCUCUCAUUGUGCUCAUCCUACUCAUAGUGUGCUUCAUUAAGAGGAGCAGAGGGGGGAAAUACCCAGUUCGAGACAAGAAAGACAUUUCACUGGAGCCGAUGGAUGACAAAGAUCAGGAGGGAUCAUUUGACUAUCGGUCUCUUGAAAGGAUAGCCCGUGUCUCCACUCUGCCCUACCCUCGACGAGAGGAGGAAAGAGGACUUCAAAGAGGCCAGACGUCUAUCGAGUCAAUUAUGAAGCGCUCAGACAGUGACGACAGUCUGGUGGACUACGGUGAAGGAGGAGAGAUACAGUUUAAUGAAGACGGCUCGUUCAUCGGCCAGUACACAGGAACCAGGAGAGACGUCAGGGAGGUGGACUUUGGUGUUGGAAGUGUGGAGCUCCACUCUCCAAUGAAUGCCAUCUACUCCCUGGCAUGAAACUGCAAUCCUGAUUUCAAUUCAACUUCUUUUCAUGUGACUUUUCCAGGCUUGUGGCCUCCAACUCCAAUUUUAAAAAUGUGUGGUUUAUUCUGUAGACGGGGGGAGCAGCAGCAGCAACCGCCGGAGGUGAUGUUACCUUCUGUGGGCUGGCAGGCAAAGAAACUUUCAUUCAUUUAAAGUAGAACAUGAUGGAGUUCUUGGGACAAUUAUAAAGCGGAUAUGCUUAUUUGUCUGAUGAAAAGCUAGCUUUUGUGUUUGGAAUUUCAUAUCCUGUAAAUAAAAAUGCGGUGCAUGAUCAGCUAUCAAGGAAUAGACGCUGCACGUUAAGGGAGACAGAGAUCAGUUUAUCAUGUUGAUAAAGGCAUUUGCAAGGACCAACUGAACUUCUUUUAUUAAUAUUCUUAUUUAAUGUCAUUCUAAUAAUGAAGUUUGUGUUAUUUUUGUAUUCCUGCUGAUUACAUAACUAUGGGAGGGAGGGUAAAUGAUGGAGGUGGUGUUAGGGACAACAACUAUAAAAGUGUAAGUGUUGGAGUUAAAGGAUUAAAAGAUCAUAAAAUAUCUCAAAAGAUAAACUAUCAUCUGCACAGCCAGUUCACAGGGUCAAACCAUUUUGAGGAAUCAGCUUGCAUGCAUAAACAGUUGUAAAUAAGAAAAUAUUCAUGUUUCUUUCUGACCUUGCCUUAACUGUUAUCCCCUUUACUUACAAUAGAGACAAAAUUAAUGAUGAUGUAACAGCUUUAGUUUAUUUUACCCCUAGAUCAUCUGUGUAUUACAAUGCAGAUAUGUCCUAAAUGUAAAUAAAGUGGAAAUAUUUA